ACUAGAAACAUUUCGAAACAAGUAGGCUACGUCAGGUGCGUAAGCUAGCUUUCAUUUGACGAUUAAGCAGCACACACAAGUCGACCGUUUUUGGACCACGAGAACUUCACUUAAGCGAAAACAGAUUCUCAGGCAGCGGUGUUGAUGAUGGCAGUGGACUGGGCUGGAUAUGGAUACGCAGCACUAGUAGCAUCUGGAGGAGUCAUAGGAUAUGUCAAAGCAGGCAGUGUCCCGUCCCUAGCAGCUGGGCUGCUCUUUGGUGGUUUGGCUGGUUUUGGUGCUUACCAGACAUCACAAGAUCCCAAAAAUAUUUGGGUUUCUUUAGCUGCAUCUGGGACACUUGCUGCUAUCAUGGGAAAAAGAUUCUAUAACUCGCACAAAAUCAUUCCAGCUGGUCUUAUCGCUGGAGCGAGUGUCCUGAUGCUGGCAAAACUCGGAGCCAGAAUGCUACAGAAACCUCAGCAAUCGUAAUACCCAAACAGAAAUCAUGGUCUGCUUUCAUUCAAACAUAAUUUUCUUUGAACAACAUGUCAUCAUAGUUCAUUGUCAUA